AUGUCUCAUGAUCAAGGCAUUGUUCCACUUCCUCGGGACAAGAGUCUCGGACAGUAUAUCGAAUUUGAUCUGAGCAAGUUGCACAACUCCAAAGGCGGAUUCCUGAUCGAUGAGGACGUAUCUGUGGAAGGCAAGCUCAAGACCUUGGAAGACAUCAAGCGGGAGCGCGAACGAGAGCGUGAAAGAGCGAAGGCACUGCAAGAACCAGGCAUAUCGCUUGAUCCUGACAAGCAGACCCAGUGUCGUGAAUGUGGAACGAAGGAGAUAGACGAUGUCACGAGGAAGGUCUUCGGCAUGCUUGUUUGCAAAAUGUGUAUGAGAGAGAAGCCCGAAAAGUAUAGUCUGUUGACGAAGACGGAAGUUAAGGAGGACUAUCUUCUGACAGACUCGGAGUUACGUGAUGGCGAAUUAUUGCCGCAUCUGCUGAAAGCGAACCCACACAAGGCCACGUACAGCAACAUGAUGUUGUUUCUGCGGUGUCAGGUUGAAGAUUUCGCCUUCGGCCCGCAGAAAUGGGGCUCAGAGGAAGGGUUAGAUGCGGAAUUCCGACGAAGGGAGGACGAGAAGACGCGAAAGCGAGGGAAAAGGUUUGCGCAAAAAUUAGCGGAUCUGCGUAGGCGCACACGAGACAAUGUGUGGCAAAAGAGACAGGAUGAGAUCCAUGUCCACGACUAUCAGUCGGUACUCCAAGCCGGGAGGGAACACGUCCAGCGUUGCGGAGAUUGCGGACAUGAGAUCGAGGUCGAAGAAUUCUGA